AUGAGCAUGGCUGAGCCUAUUUUGGCCAUAGCCCAACCGGGCGAGGUUGAAUUCUGCACUUUGGGAAUGUUCAUUCUCGAUGACAUUGAGUUCGGUGGUUCCAGGCCAGCUGUCAAGAAUAUACUUGGAGGUGCAGCUUCAUUUGCUGUCAUUGGUGCUCGCUUGGUCGCAGGAUCUGCCCAUGCACGAUCUGUUAGUUGGAUUGUCGAUGUUGGCUCCGACUUUCCACCCGAGACACUGGCUGUUAUCCAGUCCUGGGGCACCGAUUGUGUCAUCAGAAAGGACCAUGGCAGACUAACAACUAGGGCAUGGAACGGAUAUCAUCCAGAUGAGAAGCGAGAUUUCAAAUACCUAACGCCAAAGUUGAGACUAGAGCCCUACAUGCUAUCAGAGACACAAGUGUGGUCACGUACAUUUCAUAUGGUCUGCUCUUCAUCUCGCUGCAUCUCUAUCGUGGACGAUAUAUUACGGCGGCGGGACGAGCUACGCCAGGCAGGCCAAGCCCCCUCCACGGAGCAUGCGUCUACUCGGCCCAUCUUUGUCUGGGAGCCAGUGCCAGAUCUUUGCACACCAGAAGAGCAAGAGAAGUUCUUGGCCGCUAACAAAGUUGUGGAUGUGGUCAGUCCCAAUCAUCAGGAAUUAGGUAUGAUGUUUGACCAGCCUGGGUGGUCCGAAGAGAGCAAGGAAGGCCAGCAACUCGUCCAAAGAAUUCUCGCCUCUGGAAUUGGCCCGAAUGGUGACGGUUGCCUUGUCAUCAGAGCGGGCAAGGAAGGAAGCUACGCAUUUUCAAGAACCCAAAAGUUGUGGCUACCCGCCUAUCAUCAACCAGAGACUUCCGGUGCUACGGCCGUUGUCGACCCAACAGGCGCAGGCAAUUCUUUCCUCGGCGCAUUGGCUCAGGGAUUGGUGACCGCCGGGCGUGAACCAUUCAAUAUCAUUGAAUCUAUCCUUUCAGCUUCUCAGGACUGGAGAGAAUCUCUCGACGGAUGGGGAGUCCGUCGCAAUCUGCCCAUGGCCCUGAUUUGUGCUACUAUUGCUGCAGGAUUCGUGGUUGAACAGAUUGGUGUGCCGCAGAUCUCUGUGGCAGAGACUGGGGGAAAGGAAUUGUGGAAUCAGUCUGAAUUCACGGAACGAGUCCGCCUGUACACGCAGCGAUUAUUUAGGACAUUAGACGAGUCUCCUCAGAGACACCUAUUGACCAAUUGA